AUGGUUCGGCAACAACGUUGGUUCCAAGUGGAAGUGGCCCUCCGGAAGAAGCUCCCAGAUAUGUUCAUAGUGCUUGAAAGGCUUCAGGAACAUGUUGACUUUUGGACAUUGUGUGACGAAGAGAAGAUUGCUGAACAGUUCAGGGGCCUGCGCACAGAACGGGAGCGCUUCAACGCUAUUGUGGGAUCUAAUAUUGUCCUCCCGGAGGAUCCAAUUAUUCUAAAUAAUGAAGGAAAUGACGCUCAUAUCACUGUAGAAGGGCUUAAUUUGGAGGAUGUCCAAAGCGACAGCGAUGGAAGCGUUGUGUUUGAACUUGAGCGCCCACCCAAAAAGAGAAACAAGAAGAAGAAGAAGAAGAAGAAGAAGAAGAAGAAGAAGAAGAAGAAAGCAAACCAAAACGAGUAUAGAUUCCCAGACUAUGAUCGACGCCCAUUCCGCUUCAAAGGAGCUCUCCAGCCUUCCGUCGACGAUGCAGUCAGAAGACUUGAGUACUGA